UAUCCCGAUGAUGCCAGAAUUGUUCCCCAACGUGGAAGCAGCCGUGGCCAACCAGACUCUGGUGGUCAGGAACGUAGACGACGACGGCAAUCUAAUGGCGCCUGCCGGGUUCUCCACCCGACUUUCCCGAUGUCUGGUCUGCAACACGCAACACGUUUUUCAAAACCUGGAGGCUCACGGGACGGACGCUGAACAUUACCACGACACACUGGUGACAAUGACAAUCUCAGAUGUGCAGUUCAUCGCGUUCAAGGAGGAUGAGACGACCCAUAUUUCUGACAGUGGGGAAUGUAACAAAUGUGUGAUGGACAUCGCAGAGGCCCCGGAAGACCGUUUUUUCGUCACCGGGUCUGCCGGAGAGGUCUGCAUUAUUCUGGACGUGGCCGCUAAGUUCGUUAUCCCGUAUAAAAUGUAUGAUAACUCG